AUGAUCUAUACGAUCUCAGCGCUGACCGACGUGCCCUGGGCCCGGCCAGUGUCCCAUGCAGGCUGCACUUGGACUGGCCUUGCACCAGAGCAGCUACCCAGCGAGACACUCAGGGGAAGUGAGAAGAUGGGGCCAGUCGCCUACUUCAGCCUCUGCCUCCUCGGCUGCCUGAUCUUUAACCCCUCACUGUCCGGGGUACAGGCUGUGUCCUGUCCCGGGUGCUGGCUGCCCUUCCAAGACAGCUGCUAUCGAUACAUCGCCCAAGAGAAAAACUGGAUGGAGGCUGAGACUGAGUGCCAGAACCAUUGGACUGGAGCCCAUCUCGCCUCCAUUCACAGUGCUGAGGAAAGGAACAUGCUGGCCCAUUACGUCAAGCCAGACCCCACAAAGAAGACUCACGUCUGGAUCGGACUCUCAGACCCUCAUGGGGAUCAAAGCUGGAGAUGGUCAGAUAAUUCCCUGGUCGGUUUCAAAUCUUGGGAGAAGGGGCAACCUGAUAGUCAGAGCAACAAGGAGCACUGUGUGGUGGUACAACGUCCAGAUUUUCAGAACUGGCAUGAUUAUUCCUGUGAAAAGAGAUACCCCUUCAUUUGUAAGCACAAACCCUAGGGGAGGCAGGUCGCCUGGCCCUGGGGGCUCCCAACACCUGGGCUGUGAGUGAAUCGUGUCCCUCCAGCUCCCUGGGGAGACCAGAUCCUGUGUCCCUGGCUGCAAAGUCCCUUCUGCAAAGCAUCGCUGAGUUACACUGUGUCACUCCCGCUCUGCUCUGCCCCCUUCUCUCCCUGUCGCACCCACGCUCUGCUCUUCUCAGCCAUCUCAGCACAAUGCAGUGAUAAUAAACUUCCCCUCCAGCAUUCA